CCAGCGGCGGCGGCACCCUGACCCCGACCCUCAGCCCCCAGACUCUGCCUGCAUUGCAGCCCCCCAGCCUCUUACCAGUCGGAUGUGAGAGCCUGUGAUUAAGUGACUAAUAAACAUACCAAAAGAAUAUGGCUGCACAAAUACCUGAAUCUGAUCAGAUAAAACAGUUUAGGGAAUUCCUUGGAACCUUCAAUAAACUUACAGAAACCUGCUUUUUGGACUGUGUAAAAGACUUUACAACAAGAGAAGUAAAACCUGAAGAGAUCACCUGUUCAGAACAUUGCUUACAGAAAUAUUUAAAAAUGACACAAAGAAUAUCCAUGAGAUUUCAAGAAUAUCAUAUUCAGCAGAAUGAAGCCCUGGCAGCCAAAGCAGGACUCCUUGGUCAACCACGAUAAAGAGAAAUCCUGAUGGAUGGACUUUCAAUGAAAGAUUGCCAACAGCUGUUGCACUGGAAAUGAGGAUUCAUGUGAUGGAAUCCCCUGAAAGCAGUAGGCACCAUGUUAAACCACCUGUCGUGACUCUUUGGCA